AUGGACAAUCUGGGAGACUUCACAAAUGCCCUCAUGAUCCUCUUCGGUCUGCUUUAUGCUCUAAAUAUGGAGUACCCUCAGGACUUAAGUGUGGUGAUCAGCAGCACGGGAGCACCACAGGGGACUGUGCUCUCUCCAGUUCUGUUCACGCUCUACACAUCAGACCUCAAAUACAACUCGGAGUCGUGCCACAUACAGAAGUUCUCGGCCGAUACUGCGAUUGUGGGAUGUGUUCAUGAUGGACAGGAGGACGAGUACAGGAGCCUGAUACAGGAUUUUGUGUCGUGGGGAAUACAUUUGUUGCCAAUCAACACAUCUACUGCUUACAUUCUCACCACCCUGAAGAGCAUUUUUACUCAGCAACACACAUCUUACUGUGCUAACAGUAAAGUACGGCUUCCAAACUGCAACCUCAAUGAUGAUAAAACCUUGAAGAAAUUGGGAAGAGGGACAUUUGAUGUCAGAGUGGAGGAGAACCACAACAUUUGUGCUGUGACAUGGUACGACACCCGUCAGGUGACACUUGUGUCAUCCUUUACUGGCCCAGAACCAAUGGAAAAGGUUAAACGUUGGGACAAAACUGCCAAAACAUUUGUGGAAGUUCAGAUGCCUAACAUUGUGGCGACCUACAACAAAAACAUGGGGGGAGUGGAUUUGCUGGACUCAUUUGCGGCCAAGUACAAGUUUCCUCUCAAGUCCCAUCAUUGGUACAUCUACAUCUUCUGGCACACAAUUAUUCUAGCUGUGAUCAACGCUUGGCUCCUGUACAAACGGGACUGCAAGGCCUGGGCUAUUCCAAAGAAAGAGAUCCUGAUCAGGAGACGGUUUCAGGCCCAGUUGGCAUCCUCCCUUAUCCUGACUGGCACAUCUGUCCCAGUGCCAAAGCGAGGGCGGCCAUCCUCAAGCCCUAUGAGUUCUCCAGCUGCUAGGCCCUCUAAGAGGAGAAAUGCACACCCACCAAGUGAUGUCUGCAAAGACAUGACUGGGCAUUUCCCCAUCAAAGCUGACGGGGGAAGGUGCAGACAGUGUGCUAAAGGCUACACUAACACUGUUUGUAUGAAGUGUGAUGUCCGCCUUUGUUUUUCAGAAGAAAGAAACUGCUUUUUGGACUACCAUAGGUAA